CGGUGGGCAUAAAUAUGUCGUCCUUUCAUCGCGCAUUGGUACUUUUAGUUUUUACAUCGUUUUGCCCCCUAUUGUCAUAUAUAAUAUAAAUUAUAUACUACCAAUAGUAUUUGUUAAUACGGUUUACAUGAGUUAUUAAUUAAUUUAUUAGCCCGCAAUCAUCAACGAAUAACAAUAAAUUGAAGUAUCUAGUUUCAAAAUAAUCCGUUAAGACAGCGCUGGGACUCAUAUAGGAAAGAAUUUCCUCGAACCCCGCAUUAUACGUUUGUUUUUCUAGCCACGUUAUCAGUACUCAUAUUAUUUAGUCCUGCCUUCCUCACAAUGAAAUAUACUAAUAUCCUGUAUGUAUAUAAUUAUGUUAUACUUAUCUGUAUGUCCUAGUCCGUAAUGUAUAAUGCACUCUUAGAUCUAUAAUGUAUGUAUUGCACAGAAACCAGAUAAUACAUGAUGUAGGUACUUGGUACUAUACAGAUGACAUAAUAUAAUUAUUUUAUAGGACAAUAAUUGAACAAUAAUAAAUAUUCAGGAUAUAAUUUUUUGUCACUAAAUUAAUUAAUUAAUUUUUAAAUGGAUUCAAUUAAUGGUACGGAUAUCAUAAAAGUGGAAGGAGAAUCAGACGAUGGUGUAUACAUCCGACCUUCCAAAAAAAAAGUAAGUAUUAUUGUUUAAAGAUAGUUAAUAUUGUUAUUUACAUUACAAAAUAUUUUUGUCAUUUUUAAACAGAUAAUGACAUCUCAAAUUGUUACAAAUGACGAGUUAACAAACUUGAUCCAAGAACGUUUGGCAAAUAGACGUACUGGUGAACGUACAGAAUUUGCAAAUCAACUGGCUAGAAAAUUAAUUAAAAAGUAAUAAGAUGAAUAGUUUACAAUAGAUAUUUUGUAGAAAUGUGUUAUAUUAUAUAACACAUUAAUACUAUAAUUUGUACUUACUGAUAAUGGCAACUGCUGCAGAUGAAGUCAGCUAAUAUCACUGACAAAUUUACAGGGGGAGGAGAUCCAGGGUUCUAAUCCCCUGAAACCGAUAUAAUUUUAAUAAAAUGUAUCCAAUAAAGAGGCAUCUAUUAAUAGAUAGCUUCAAAAUAAAUUUUUCAGAACCCCUCCCAGAAAAAUGUUAAGAAUCCGGUACUGUCUAAUACUAGUAACCCGAUUUAUUAAUAAAUUCAGUAUAUUUGUGAUAAUUAUAUGAUAAUUAAAUAAAUGAGUAUAAAAGCAAAAAGGUAUUUUUAAAAUUUAGUUAAUAUUAGUUAAUAUUUACCAAGUAUUGGCAUAUAAAAUUUCUAAAAGUUGAAAAAACCAUGUCUAAAGGAAACAAAUAUGUUACACUGUGAAUGCGAUAUAACUUAUAUUCUAUACACAUAUCAUAUAUUUUUAUUCAUUGCUCAUGAAGUUUUGCUAGAUAAAUAACAGUUGUUUUAUAUUUUCAUGACCUUGUAUUUAUUAAUUAUUACUAUCAUUAAGCAAAUAUUAAAAUAAAAAUAACCAAAUGAAUAUAUAUUAUGUAUUACAUGUUUACAUUUCAAUAUUUUAAACUAUAUUUUAUUUUUGUUUAUGUUUAGAUUGCAUGAUAAAGAUGAAAAAAUUCGAAAAAUUAAAGGCAAAAAAAAUAGAGAAAUUGCUGAAAUUAAGGACGAAAAAAGUAUGUUAAAUAACAAAUAUUUAUAAAAUAAAUCUAUUAUUAAUUUUCAACAUUGUUUUAGGUGGUCAUUUAAAUUUGGAAGUAAUUAAAGAAGAUGUUAUAUUAAAAUCUGAUACAUUUGGUGAUUCAGAUUUAGAGGAUACUCCAACUGUUGUCUUGCCUAAAAAGUCUGUUAAGGUUUGUAAGUUAAUAUUUGAUUAGUAACUUGUCGGGUUAAUAUGCUUUUAUUUUAGAAAAAACGUGAAAUAACAAGUAUGACUGACAAAGAAAUUGCUAUUACAAUUUUAAAUUGUAAAAAAAAUUCAGAAGAAAAUAAAUCUUUAAUAGAUAAAAAAGUUGCAAGCAGAUUUACAUCCACACUUAAAUCACGAUUAGCCAACAAGUAAGUAAUAAUGUGUAAUUAAUUAUCAAAAUAAAUAACUAAUAUUAUGUUAUUUUCAGAUUAAAAAAGAAUCAAAAUUCUUCAAAUAAAUAAUUUUUAUUUAAGGGGCUGAGUGCAAUCAUAGGCCUAUUAGUUAAAUUGGUAGACAAGUGCAACUACUAGAUCUAUCUUGUUAUGCAUUUAAAUGAAAAAUAUUUCUAUUAUGUACAAUUUUGUGCAAUAAUCUGAUAAUUUUGUAUUUCCAUACUUACUUUAACUUUAAAAUUUUAUUUAAAAUAGCAGUUUUAAAUUAUUACAAUUACAGAAUUCAGAGUAGUAUAAACCAUUACUUGAACUAAAUAAUAAUAUAGUGAAUGGAAUUCAUAUGUAAGUUUAUAUUUACAUUUUAUGAUUUUAAAAUUAGUUAUUUUAUUUGCUCUAAAUAUUUUACAGAAGUGGAUUUACCUGUUUGUUGCACUCAGCUCCACGAUUGGAAGAAAUAUAUUUUACAAACAUUGUUAUUUUUUUUUAUUUAAUUUUAAAAAUACCAAAUUGUAAUGUGUAUGUGAAUUUUUCCCUCCAAUCACACUUUUAAAAGUUUUUCAAAUUUAUUUAUCAAUUUCAAUUCAUAAAAUCACUGAUUGCACUAUUAUUUGGAGAGAAGAGUAAAAAUCGCAUGGUUUUACUUAUUCUGCAUAAGCUAUGUUUUUGCAUGUUACCCGGUAGUUGGACUAAGUAUAUGCUGAUAUAAUGUCCUCUAAGUUUCAACAAAAACAAAACAUUUUCCUAUGAAAGUAUGUUUGUGUAUUUUAUAUACUAAUAAAAAAUAUAUUAUAAAUACAAUGUUUACCUUGUGUUUAUU